AUGAAUUCUCUUCAGUGCCUAACGCCCUAUUGCACGUAUCGCUAUCACCUUUUGGAAUACCAGGGAAAUGACCAACAUUCCCAAGGUAAGGAGGAAUACUUCAAUUACCGACACGCACAAUGCCAAAAUGUAAAUGAACGAGCGUUUGGUUGCCUUAAGCUUCGGUUUGCCAUUCUUCACAAACCAAUGCCAAACUACAAGUAUGAUCACCACGUCAACUUUGUAAUGGCGUGUUCCGUGGUGCAUAACUUUAUGUUACUCCACGGUGAGGACUUGUUGGACCAUGCUGCGGAGGGCCACGAGCCGGGCGAGGAUGAGUCAAUCCCUGUACCGGUUGUACACAAUCGGCAGACACCGAAAUCGGGGCGACAAGACCGGAAAGAUCAAAAUGAAUUUCAUGAUAUGAUUUCAGAAUGGUUUUGGAUUAACACAUACGAACAUGAUGUGUAA